AUGGAAAACCAAAAAGGGUCUUCCGAUGAAGAUAUACCGAGUGAUUUCUUUGACGAUUUUAAUAAAGAUGAGUUUAUGGAAGGUCUUAGUGUAAUAGAUAGCUGGGAUGAUGAUGAUAAGAAACUUCAAAAUUCGCGUGCUAGAAUUAACGCUGAAAAGAUAGAUAGCGUUCGAGAUCUUCGGGAGCUCAUAGAUCGGGAGUCACAGGAAAGGCAAAGAGAUUAUCAUGAGAAAUAUGAAGAAAGAGUAAAAUGGAAAAGAAAUGUUCAAGAUUUUCCGAAUAAAAAGAAGUCAAAAGAUAAACAUCGAGAUGACAGCAUGAGUCACAUGGACGAGUAUAUAAAACCUGGCAGUCGACGAGAUCCCAGUAAAACGAAUGAAGCCAUUAAAAGGGAUAAGGAAGUAAAAGUGAAGGAAUAUCUAGCAAAACAUUUAGAAUCAAGUGACGAUUUGCGGCCACCAGGAACUGAGUUAGACGAUUUCUUUGAAGAACAUAGAAGUGUUGAAAUAAGAAAACAUAAAUUAGCAGAAAAGGAUAUUCAUGAUGCGUCACCACCACGAAAACAUCGAGCAUCGCCUGUGAAAUAUCGACGGGAAUCCCCUCCUAUCAGACGACGUGAUUCGCCGCCUCCGAGAUAUCAUCAUCGUAUGCAAUUUAGUCCCCGGCGGCAGCAUUACAGUCCUAGGCGAAGUCCACAUCGCAAUGUUCGGAAUUAUAUUCCAUAUAGAAAUUUCCGCAAUUAUCACCGAGGCAGUCCAAGGAGACGAAGUCCGGAAAUAGUGCGUCGUGAACGUCGUUCAAGAUCACCUUAUAAGCGCUACACACGAAGAUCACGCACCCGCUCACGUUCUCUAGAUCGAAGACUUGAAAGAGAGGAACACAGAAGAUCACCUUCAAGAUCUUCAAACCAUAUACCUGGCAAAGAUGAUUUUCUUUACCCAAAAACUUACUUUCCUUCCUCUACAGAAUAUCCUAUGCUUACAAGCGAACCAUCAUAUCAGGUUGCUUCAACACCUCAGUAUGCUGAACCCACACCAGUUGAGUAUGGAACAUCAAGUUAUUCUUAUGCUCCUGGUCCAGCGUACAGUGGUUAUGGAGUUUCUUAUGAAUAUGAAGUUCAACCUCCUCCAAUGGUUAUGCCAGCACCACAACCUGUCCCUGCUCCAGUCGUGAUUCCAACAACUCCUGAUCCCUCUAUAAUGAAUCCCAUGCAACAACCCACAAUGGUGCCGCCUCCUCAGCAAAUUGUUCAGACUGUCACAAGUUAUAUACCUGAUACUCUUCAUAAUACACCAACAGAUGCUUUAGCAAAACUGGUUGCAGAUGGCAAGUUAUCUCAUGAAGACUAUUUGAAACUUGCUCCAAAUAAAGGUGCUAAUCAGACUAUGGACACCCAUGCAAGGGUUGCCGUUUUGACUCGAUGCCACAACGCCAUGUCCCGGUUAGGCUGCAUAGUGUUGCCAAACCGGUUGUUAAUAAACAACAAUCUAAUUGGCACUGAACAGAAACAAAUUGUAUCGAAAUUUUGCUCUCCUCUGAAGCGUCAAGCGGUAUCAGAUUUUUAUUUCACCAAAUUCAAUCCAUCAGCAAUACUUCAACAGAACAAGCAAAUAGUGGACUCCAUUAUAUCAACAUUGGAUAUCGAGAAAGUUGUUGGUAAACCAAAGAAGAAAUCUCAAAAGGAAACAAGGGAGAUAGCAGUGCAGACGACGAAACCUUUUUGUGAAAUGUGCGAAAUUAGGGAAUCAACUAAAUGUAGUGACGUUGGGACAUCUACCGAUCCUGAGCACUUCACGUCUACAGUCCACACUCAAGUCGUGGAGCAAGAUCUGUAUAGUUCUAAGGCAGUGUUCAACCCUACGGGUGGUGCGGCAGAAGGUGCAAACAUGUCUAUCGCCCACAUGACUCCGGCUCAGUUGGUAUCACAGUUGGCGGCGCGGGCGAAGACGUUGAAGCAGUCGGAAACUCAUCUUCCAAACCAGUUUCGACAUGAUGGCAGAUACGACUACGACGGCCGAGGCGAUCAAUACCGAAACUACAAUAAUUAUCGCUAU